CACACUGUCAGCCAGCUAUGUCGGCGUUGAAGUAUUUCUGUACACAAUUAGAUUAGUCUACAUUUCGUGCUAAAUGGCUCAAACCCAUGGAGUCAAACCCUAUCACAUACUUAUUUUGAGAUAAUGUGCUGAAUAAAAGGUGUAGUAUCCGCAGUGGAGUCCAUCCCUUUUUAGGUGAAUUAACACUUCCGAGCCAUGGCUUCACUGUCAGAAGAAGUUCUUCUGGUGCUAAAAAAGGUUCGCCAGAAGAAACAGGAUGGCACUCUUUACUUGAUGGCUGAACGCAUAGCCUGGAGUCCAGAGGGCAAGGACCGCUUUACCGUCAGCCACCUUUAUGCGGAUAUUCGCUGUCAGAAGAUCAGCCCCGAUGGGAAAGCUAAAAUUCAGCUCCAACUCGUCCUUCACUCUGGAGAGAGUACAACAUUCCACUUUUCAAAUGAGAGCACGGCACUCAAAGACAGGGAGGCUGCCAAAGAGUUGCUGCAGCAGCUCCUGCCCAAGUUCAAAAAGAAAGCCAACAAGGAACUCGAGGAGAAAAACAGGAUGCUUCAAGAAGACCCGGUGCUUUUUCAAUUGUAUAAAGAUUUAGUGGUCAGUCAAGUAAUCAGUGCCGAAGAAUUCUGGGCUAAUCGAUUAGGGGGCCUAAACCACACAGAUCCUGCAGUAUGCAACAAUAAACAGGAAGUUGGUAUAUCUGGAGCUUUUUUGGCUGAUAUCCGGCCUCAAACAGACGGCUGCAACGGCUUGAGAUAUAACCUGACAGCUGAUAUUAUUGAAUCCAUCUUUAGAACCUAUCCUGCAGUGAAGCAGAAGUAUUGUGAGAAUGUGCCUCAUAACCUGACGGAGAAGGAGUUCUGGACACGUUUUUUUCAGUCGCAGUAUUUUCACAGAGAUCGUAUCAAUACCAGCACACAGGACAUCUUUACUGAGUGUGCCAAGCAAGACGAAAAAGGGUUAAAAUCAAUGGUGGGGCAAGGAGUUAAAAACCCUCUGGUUGACCUGCAGUCAUUAGAAGAUAAAUCCUUGGAUGAGGGUUACGGUGUCAGCACAUCACUGCCCUCCACUUCAAAUUCAAACCGAACUGUGAAGGAGAGCAGCAACUAUGCCAUUAUAAAGCGCUUCAACCAUCACAGUGCUAUGGUGCUGGCAGCAGGCUCACGCAAAGGGGAGAAUGACCAAGGUAGUGAAACAAGCAGCACUGAUGGAAACUCACGAGAUUCUGACCUCUUUCAGCCUCCUAUCAAGAAGGUGAAAUUACAAGAAGCCAUAGAGUAUGAGGAUCUUCAAAGGGAAAACGGACCAAAAGUGGUUGCAUUAAAUCUCAAAAAGUCAGACAGGUAUGCUCAUGGUCCUGUGCCUCUUCAGUCGCUAAAGUAUACAACGAGCCAAGAAAUCAUCAACUCCAUCAAUCACAUUCAGCAUGAGAUGGCAAAUUACAAACCCAACCUAACUCAGGUUUUGACCAGCACAGCAGCAAGUUCCGCCAUCGCAGCACUUUCUCCCGGUGGCGUCCUCAUGCAGACCGCAUCGCAGCAAGCCAUAAAUCAAAUGGUACCAUCUGACAUACAAGGCGAACUGAAGCAUCUUUAUACAGCUGCUGGGGAGUUAUUGAGACAUUUUUGGUCUUGUUUUCCUGUAAACACGCCAUUUCUAGAGGAGAAGCUGAUAAAAAUGAAGUCUAACCUUGAGAGAUUUCAGACAACCAAGCUCUGUCCUUUUCAAGAAAAGAUUCAGCGUCAGUACUUAAAUAAGAACCUCACAUCACACUUAGAGCAAAUGCUUCAGACGGCGUACAGCAAGUUCCACGUCUGGCAAACACGUCGCUUGAUGAGAAAAACCUGAGGGCCAGACGCUUGUCAGCAAAGGACAAUGAAGACAAAGUGUACAAGGAUGUCCCAUGGAGGACUUUGGCGCCUGCUGAAUCUACGCAUCGCAGCCAGGCUUCACUGGAGGCUCAUGAUGACGGCAUCAAUAGAUGCUGCCGCUGCUGAAUCGGUUAAUGUUUAAGCAAGGCAUAAGGCAUUUUAGUCACAAAAACUUGUUUCUUACUUUUUGUGUUCUUUCUAUGAGAGAUUGGUUUCAGUAAUGGGACAAUAUGACGCGUUUCGCAUGGAAAUCAUGCAGGCUCUCAGGAUGACAAGCAGAGGACUGCCAACGAGAGCUUGAACAUAGAACACGGGAAGCCCCUCUGGGAAAAGGACAAAAACUGUUCCAUAGUUAGUGAAUUUAGCAAUAUUCCAAUUUCACCUCACACCAGUUGGGGUGUGUGAAGCGCAGUCACACUGUCCGAUUCUGUCUGCACUGUACUGUAUAUACAAAAUCCUACUCUGAAUUAAAGAGGCUAACAGUUUUGUUGGAAGUUG